AUGUCGCAUUCCUCAACCGCGGAUCCGACCAGGGCAUGGGUCACGCCGACAGCCAAGAUCGGACGCCGGCACAUCGCCCAUGUUCUGACGCCUGGCCGUAUGGCAUCUGAGAGCCAGUCAGUGUAUGCGGCAGGACGCCUGGCGCAUGCUGCUAAGACGCUGGGGUGCACGGUGCACACAUCACGAUACUAUCGUGGACACUUUUCGAAGAGAGCCCAAUUCUAUCUCCGUCCGCCCAGCGGUCCAGCUCUCCAGGCCAUGUCCCCGAACGGCGACGUCUGUCAAAUGGCCCGCGAACGCACACAUGCCUCCGUGGCAGGACCAUCACCAGAUUGGCGAGAGAUUGCGAGGCGAAAACGAUUAGACCGCCAGGCUCUUCUGGAUCGAUGGCCGCAGUGGCGACUGGGAGCGGACGUGCCGGACUCCAGAACAGACAUCUCGCCCCUGCCGACGUCCCAGCUCACUGGACGCGAGCGCGAAAUCGUGCAUCAGGACGCUUCCGCAUUGGUCGACCACAUCCGGGACCGCCGGUACAGCGCCGUGGAGGUUCUCAAGGCGUUCUGCCACGCUGCGACGAUUGCUCAGGGCCUCACGAACUGCCUGACGGAAAUCAUGUUCGAAGAAGGCCUGCAGAGGGCUGCAGAGCUUGAUAGGCAUUUAGAGGAGACGGGCGAAGUCGUCGGACCAUUACAUGGCCUACCCGUGUCGAUCAAGGAUCACAUACGUGUCAAGGGCUAUGAUACGUCAACGGGAUAUGUAGCAUGGGCUUACAAUAAAGUUGCUCCUCGUGAUGCGGUGGCUGUCGAUAUCCUACGCAAGGCCGGGGCUGUCCUGUACGUAAAGACGGCCAACCCCCAGACGCUGCUGUCGCUCGAGACGCACAACAACAUCUACGGGCGCACAUGCAACCCGUUCAAUCGAGCCCUCACUCCGGGAGGGAGCAGCGGCGGUGAGAGUUCUCUCGUCGCGGUCCGUGGCAGCCCGAUGGGGAUUGGCACAGACAUAGGCGGAUCGAUCCGCGUACCCGCAGCGCACAUGGGCCUGUACGGCCUGAAGGGAUCGGUCGGGCGGAUGCCCCAUGCAGGGCUGGAGGGUUCCCAUGAUGGCAUGGAUGCCAUAGUGGGAGCCCUGGGGCCUCUUGCUACGUCCGCACGCGAUCUGGGCUUGUUCUGCCGGGUGAUGCUGCAGUACGAGCCAUGGCUCGUGGAGCCGUCCCUGUUUGAGAUGCCAUGGAAACAGCCCCUCGUGGACGGUGAGGGAAUCCCGGAGAGGCUUUCUAUUGCGCUGCUCUGGGACGACGGGGUGGUGCUGCCGCACCCUCCGGUGCUGGACGCACUGAAGCGGACGAAAGAUGCUCUAAUCGCCGCAGGACAUGACGUGAUCACCUGGGUGCCGCUGGAUCAUAAAGAAGCGUGGGAUCUGGUAACCAAGCUCUAUUUCCUCGACGGGGGGGAAGAGUACCGGGAGACGAUGGAAGGGGAACCGAUGGUGGCGCAGACAGAGUGGAUGAUGUCGCAGGUGCCUAAUGAUGGGAAGCCGUUCAGUGUCGGGGAGAUAUUCGAGCUCAAUCGGGCGCGGGAGGCGUUCCGAGCCCGGGUAGCGGGGCACUGGAACGGGACGAAGGAGAGGACUGGGACGGGCAGGCACGUUGAUGCGGUGCUGAGUCCAGUUGCGCCGACGUUGGCGCCUCCGCAUGACACGACACGGUGGUGGGGAUACAGCUCGUAUUGGAAUUUGAUGGACUAUCCAGCGGUGGUGUUCCCGAGCGGACGGUUCAGGGCGGAGGGGUACAUGCCGUUGGAUGUGUCGAGGGAUUUUGUCGCCAGCACGCGUCCCCGGAACGAGGUGGAUGAAUAUGUCCGGGCGCAGUGGGCGGCAGAGACGUAUGAGAAUGCGUCGAUCGGGUUGCAGCUGAUUGGGAGACGGCUGAACGAGGAGCGGUUGUUGGGGAUGCUUGGGGUUGUGGAGGAUGCCGUUCGGAAAUACAGCUACAGGGAGAGUGUGACAUUCAUGUUGGGCGGAUGGGAUGUCCGGCUAGGGAGGGUGGACAACCGCGGCAAGCGAUUAAGAUUUUGA